AUGGCCUCCGACUACGAGACGUACUCCCUCGGCGAUUUCACUCUCAAGAAUGGUGGCAGUAUUCCCGAUGCGCACAUCGCCUACAAGACCUUUGGAGACGCUUCUCUCCCAGCCGUCAUCUAUCCCACCUGGUACUCUGGCGUGAUCGAGAACAACGAAUGGCUCAUCGGCAGUGACAAGACUCUCAAUCCCUCCAAGUACUUCAUCAUCAUCGUCGCCCUCUUCGGCAAUGGACAGUCUUCUUCGCCGAGUAACAAAGCAAAUGUCAGACCAUGGCCGCAAGUCCUUUUCUUUGAUAACGUCCGCGCACAACAUGAGCUCGUGACAAAGAAAUUGGGCAUCAAGCAUGCCCGCGCCGUCCUGGGUUGGAGCAUGGGCGCAGGCCAGACAUUCCAGUGGGCGACGCAGUACCCGGACUUCAUGGACUUGAUCGUGCCGUUUUGUGGAGCGGCGAAGACGGCGUUGCAUAAUCAGUCCAUGCUGGAGGGUGUCAAAGUUGCUGUGCUGGGAGGGAAGGGAGCUGCGAGUGGCGGUGUUUGUAAAGGAGAAGCGGGUGAGAAGGAGUACCGCGCUUGGAGUACGGAAGAGCGGGAGAUAGGACUGAAGGCGCUGGGCAGAGUGUAUUCUGGUUGGGGCUUCUCGCAGGCAUUCUAUCGUGAGAAGCUGUAUGAGUCCGUGCUUGGCUUCAAGGAUAUCGAGGACUUCAUGGUGAACUUCUGGGAAGCCUGGGCUUUGUCGAAAGAUCCGGACAACAUGGUCGCCAUGCUGUAUACCUGGCAGGCGGGUGAUUGCUCUGAUCAAGAGCCGUAUAAUGGCGACUUUUCAGCGGCAAUGAAAGGCAUCAAAGCGAAAGCUCUGGUGUUGCCCUGCCAGACCGACCUUUACUUUCCACCUGAAGACUCGGAGAUCGAAGUGGCCGACAUGCGACCUGGCAUUGGCCAUUGUGAAGCCUUUCCAAGUAUUUGGGGCCACUGGGCAGGAGGACCAGGAGACAGCAAGGAGGACGUGAAGUGGCUGGAUGACAAGCUGCGAGAAUUCUUCGCCCAGGUUGAGACUGAGAUCUUGAAGUUGUGA